GAUAAAAAUGAAUCCGCUAGGAAGGUUUCCCUGCCGGUGGGAACUGUGAUCGGAAGCAUCUUUCAUGUUGAUUCAGUUGCUACCAUCCCACCCAAAGAGACGACUUCCCCUGCCUUUGAUACCAAUAUAAUCAACUUUGGUGAUUCCCCAGUUUCUGCACAGUGGAAGAACCGAUUACGGCAGAAACUAGCCGAAAAGUCUCAUGUCUUCUCCUUGAAUGAGUGGGAUGUGGGAUUGGCAAAGGGGAUGGAGCACAGGAUUCGUCUGUCAGAUGUUGGGCCUUUCAGGCAACGGUCACGUCGGUUGCCUCCUGCAGACAUUGAAGAUGUAAGAAAGCAUCUACAAGAAUUGCUCCAAGCAGGCAUAAUCAAGUGUCACGUAGCCCAUAUGAUUCCCCCAUAGUCAUUGUCAGAAAGAAGAACGGGCCUGUGAGAAUGUGCAUAGACUACCGAUUAUUGAACAGCCGAACAAUACCUGAUCAGUGUACAACCCCAUGCAUUGACGAUGCUCUGAAUGCUUUGAGUGGGAGUCAGUGGUUCUCUGUGCUUGAUCUGUGUUCAGGUUACUAUCGGAUUGCUAUGCAUGAAGAGGACAAGGAGAAAACAGCAUUUAUUUGCCCCUUGGGAUUCUUCCAAUUUGAGAGGAUGCCACAAGGAAUUACUAGUGCUCCAGCCACCUUUCAGAGAUUAAUGGAAAAGGCUGUUGUAUACAUGAACCUUCUGCAAGUGCUAGUGUACCUUGAGGACCUCAUUGUGUUUGGGAAAACCCUUGAAGAACACGAAGAAAGGCUGCUCAAAGUUCUAGACCGUCUUGGAGAGGUUGGACUCAAACUUUCGAAAGACAAAUGUCAGCUCUGUCUCCCGAGAGUCAGGUAUCUGGGGCACAUAGUAUCAGCAGAUGGUGUCACCCCCGACCCAGACAAAAUUGAAGCUGCCAACACCUGGCCAAUGCCCACAUUUUUGAAAACGCUGCAGUUAUUUUUAGGGUUUUGUGGUUAUAAAAAAAGGUUCAUCCAGAACUAUUCAGCAGUACUAAGGCCAUUGACAUACCUUACCAAGGGCUAUGCUCCCACUUCGAAGAAGAAGAAGCAAAGCCGAGAUGCCAACAACGUCUAUCUGAAAGAGUCGGAGCCAUACGGAGAAAGAUGGGACAAGUCCUCCACUGAUGCGUUCCUUGAGAUCAAAUAUUGCCUAACUCAUGCGCCUGUGUUGUUUUUUGCCAAUCCAGAGAAGUCAUACAUCCAGCAUGUUGAUGCAAGCUUGAAGGGGCUAGGGGCAGUACUGUACCAAGAACACCCUAUAGGUAUGCACGCAGUUGCUUUUGCAAGCAGAAAGUUAAGUGCAGCUGAAAGAAACUAUCCUAUACAUCAGUUGGAAUUUUUGUCCCUCAAGUGGGGUGUGGUGGACAAAUUCCAUGACUAUUUGUAUGGAGCCAGAUUCACAGUGCAUACAGAUAACAACCCUCUUAAAUAUGUGUUAUCGACGGCCAAACUCAAUGCAGUGGGGCAUCGCUGGCUCUCCACGUACGAAUUUGACAUACAGUACAGACCAGGUCAACACAACAUCGACGCUGACCUGUUGUCUAGACAAUUGACUGUUGAGGAUGAAAGCUGGGUGACCAUACCAAAGUCUGGGGUCAAGACGACCUGCCAGCGCGUCUGCAUUCCAAAAUCUGCCUGUACCACACCGGUAUAUGUCACUCAAUUAGGUGCUUCCUCACAGUGCAUUCCAGACCUGUAUGCGCACCACACACAUGUUGAGUUCAAGUCACUCGAACGGAUGUCCAAGCAGAGUAUUGGAAGAGCUCAAGUGAACGACGAAGCAAUCAGACCAGCUGUCAGGGCCUUAAUGCAUGGACACUGGCCCGAAGCACCAAAUAAUUCAGAAUUAGCAAAAUUAAAAAGAGAUGUUGGAAAGUUAACCCUGAAGGAUGGACUGUUAUAACGGGUCAGUAAAAGGCCCUCUGGGGAGAGCAUUAAUCAGCUUGUCCUUCUCAAGGAGUUUCGUCAGAUGGUCAUCCAAGCUAUGCAUGAUGAUCUUGGACACCUUGGACGGGAAAGAACGGUUGACAUUCUCCGGACCAGAUUUUUUUGGCCUAAAAUGUCAUUGGAAGUAGAAGAAUACAUCAGAAACUGUGGUGUGUGUGUCACUCACAAGACUCCUGCACAGAGGGUUGCUCCAUUGCACCAGAUUGUGAGCCGUGGGCCCAUGGACCUAGUGUGUAUGGACUUUCUUAGCAUGGAACCAGACUCAAAGGGCAUUAGCAAUGUCUUAGUGGUCAAAGAUCAUUUUACGAGAUACGCGCAGGCGUUUCCUACCAAAAGCCAAAAAGCUUCAGUUGCGGCAAAGAUUCUAAUGGAAAAAUAUUUUGUAGAUUAUGGACUUCCUGCAAGAAUUCAUUCAGACCAAGGAAGAGAUUUCGAGAGCCGACUGGUCAAAGAAAUGUUGGACUUGAUGGGGAUAAGAAAGUCGCGAGCCACCCCGUAUCAUCCACAAGGAGACCCACAGCCAGAGAGGUUCAACAGAACUCUAAUAUCCAUGCUUGGUACCAUGAGCCAAGAGAAAAAGCGGAGUUGGAGUCAACAUGUGCCAUAUCGAGUUCAUGCAUACAACAGCACCAAGUGUGAUUCAACUGAAUAGUGUCCAUACCAUCUAAUGUUCGGUAGGGAGGCAAGACUUCCUAUUGAUCUGUGUAUUGGAACAUCACCUGAUGGGAUAGAAGAGGCAUGUCACUCUUGCUAUGUGUCCAAGCUUAAAGAAGAUUUGAAACAAGCAUACAGAUUGGCCUCUGAUGCUGCUGACCGAAGGCACCAGAGAAACAAAAAGUUAUAUUAUCGAAGAGUAAUUUUUCAGUCCCCAGAGGUGGGGGACAGAGUUCUUCUUCGGAACUUAGGCCUGAGAGGUAAGCACAAGUUAGAAAGCAAGUGGGAUCCUGAACCCUAUGUUGUCGUUGGGAGACUGCCAAACCUGCCUGUGUUUAAACUCAAACGGGAUGAUGGUAGACCAGGGACAAAGACAAUCCACAGGGAUCACCUCUUACCGAUUGGACAGUUUGUCAGAAUGCCACCAAAUAUGCAGGGCCAAGAUCCACCUGUCAAACCUAAGACCAGAGCAGACGUCUGUAAAAAGCAGAAAAACUUAAAUUCAGAGACUCCCGAGCUCCAGAAUUUCUGUGAUUCAUCCUCAGAUGAUGAGUAUUUUAUCACUCAAAGAACCUGUCCAUCACCGUCUGCUCAAAGAGUGUUGAAUGCUGGUAGGCCAAUGGAAAACCUUGGGAAUGGCCCUGAAUUAGCCAGUGAUCAGGCACCUCACCCAGAGAGUGUGCAAGUACUUGAGUCAGAGGAUGUUAGCAACAAUGAAGGAGAUACUGAUGCUGAUCUACAAGAGGAUAAACACCCUUUCCUUAGAUCAGUAGACGAGACUGAAGUGGAAUGUGAAGAGGAUCCUGAAGUUUCCGAUGAGAUAGAAGAAUCUGGUUCUGAUGGCUGGGAAGACAGUAUGAACACCAGAGCUGAGCCUAGAUCUAAACGAGCCAUUAAGCCUAUUGUUAAACUCACUUAUGAGAAGCCUGGUAGGUCCAGUGAGAGGCCUUUAACUAUAGUGCAUAGGGGUGUCAUCAUUGAAAUAAGAAAACAUUAAAACGCUAGACUUAUCCCUUAGAACCCUUAUGUUAGUGUCUGGUGAGGACACAGACCGUUUAAAAGGGGGGAGGGUGUAACCUGGUUAAAAGUUGGUACAGGUAAAAUUUCAGUAUAAUAGAGUAGCAAUUAGGUUAUAGGUUUUCUUUAUGCAAUGUGGUGGAAUAUCUGUUAAACUGUGUGUGCUGACUGUAAUUCAUUUUGGAGGGAUUGUAUUUAAAUGUGUUUGAUUCAUUUGUGAAAAAGAAAUACUUUUGUUUGCCAUUUUACUGUUGAAACCAUUGUUUAAGAAGGACAGGAAGUGAUGUGUUGAGGAGACGCAGGAAAAAGAGAGAGAGAAAAAGGCUAGACGGAGUGCAAGGUACAGGUGGUUGUUGGAGGGCAACGAAAGGACAAAGAAAGUGAACAGUGGACAUUUAUCAAAAGUUGAUCCAAUUGUUCGACAUGGACUGUUCAACUGGGAUAGUGUGUCGUUUGAGUGGACUACUCAAAUCAAGCUGUAAUGUGGUGGAGUUAGCCGCUACCACAGAGGCUAAGUGCAUGCAUGGGACUUGGCUUGAGCGCGAGCAACCAGCUAACGCUAGCUAGCGAGCCUGUGUGUUGGACCACGAAGGAGAGGACAAGGGCGCUAGCGUCGAGCUAACGCAGCGAGCGAGGCUGUGUUUGGACUUCAAGGAAGGGCAAGGGGCGAGGACUGUGAGGACGCCGGACAGAGAAAAAAACACCUUCACCUUUCUUCAGGACUUCAAGGAAGGACAAGGGACGAGGACCGUGAGGACACUGGACAGAGGAAGAACCACCUUCACCUUUCUUCAUUCCUGCCUUGGGAAGCACCACAGUGACAUUGGGAGCAUCCCUAUCCAUUAGGCUCUGGACCAGGAGUGAGUGGUGUUCUGGUUCCUGAGCUCCCAGUGCACACACAGAGACACACACUGGCAGCCAUGCCCCAAAGAUACUCCCACCAGAGAAGGAAAGCCAGCACAGCUGCGGCAAGGAGGAUGGAGAGGAGAAGUAGGGACCAGCGGAAGACUAAGAACAGCAACCCAAACAGCAGCCAUAACCACCGCUCCAAGAAGCUCACCAUGCUCUCCAGUAUUCUGACUCUCCCAAGGUCAUUGAUACUGUGUCACUCUAAGACCAACGACGACUGCCCCAGUCCAGAAGGGAAGGACACAGGUGGGAGGGAAGGGUCAGAGGAGAGGACAUUGAGUUCAGGCUGGUGGACACAUUUGGUCAAGGAGGAUGAAACAGGAUACAGGGAUGUAUCAAUUGAACACUUGAGGACACAGCCAUCAACCAUGGACACAAGAGGAGGGACUCCGACUGACACUCGGCUUCUUUACAACAGCCCCUUAAGUGAAAAUAAAAAGAGCUUGAGGAGAUCUUUUAACAUCAAGGAGAGCAGUUUUUGGAAGAUGUGUGUAGCCACACGGCCAACAGAAGAGGAACGUAUAGCGCAAACGGCAGACAACUGUGGCCAGGUGGAAGAUAAUGAUGAUAUUGUGGAGCCAAGAAGAAAUGGAGGGGAUGCAUACAGAGACCCCAACUUCCUUAGACAAGACAAGCUGGCACCUUUUAACGAACAGUGUUUAAGCAGUUGUGCAUGGAGGGAAGCGGGAAGAACAAAAAGAAUGCAUUCUCAAGCUUAUAGAGAGAAAAUUUUGCCAUGUGAAGACUCUCUCCAGCUUAUAAGGACCACGAGCCGACAACAUCCGUCUCUCAAUUCCCUGUCACAUCAGCUAUCAUUGCCUCCAUACAUAGACAAAGAAGUUAUGGCCAACAACAACCAUCUUAAGUUGGCGAUUUCAGAAGUCAGUGAAGAAAGUUGCUGGGAGACUGAAUCAUGCAACCAGAGCCCACCAGGACAGAUGAGCAGCAAUCAGACUCACUCCAAUCCACAUAGUGUUCAUCCUUAUUGGAUUGGGGAUUUGGACAGCAUCAUUCUGAAGAACCCUGACAUGAAUAACAAAAAUCCACACUGGAAUGGUCAGUUGUAUGGAAAGAGAACUUCCCUGUCCCAGCAAUUAGACUUUUUACACAAUUCACUUCAGCCUGUUCGCCCACUGCGGUCACUGAGCUCUGCCCAGCUGGCCCAUUCCUGCAGUAAAACUCAAGCCUUCAUUAUCUGUAACAUUGUGCUGAUGAAGGGACAUGGCAAGGGUCUGGGCUUCAGUAUAGUAGGUGGGAGAGACAGCAUGUAUGGACCAAUGGGGAUUUAUGUCAAGACGAUUUUUCCUGGUGGAGCAGCUGCUGCUGAUGGACGACUACAAGAGGGUGAUGAGAUCCUGGAGCUCAAUGGGGAGUCGCUGCAUGGUUUGAGUCACGAUGAUGCCCUUCACAUGUUCAAACAGAUCAGAAAGGGUCUAUUGAUUCUAGUGGUGAGGACGAGCCUGCGAGUGGGGACCUUGUGUGGCCAGGCCCAGGAAGCACAGCUGUGCCGAUCACGUUCACUCAGCUCCACCACCAGCAUGGCCAGAAUCAGUGAUGACAUGGGAGAUUACAAUUACAAAAUCUGCAACAAUUCCAGAGUUGAUGUUCCUAGUUCAUCUACUAAACCAGGAGACCGCAUCAUGAUGGAGAUCAUUUUGCAGAAAGAAGCCAGUGUUGGUCUGGGAAUUGGACUGUGCUGUGUUCCAUCCACUGAUGGAUGUCCUGGAAUCUACAUACAUACCUUAUCACCCGGAUCUGUGGCACACAUUGACGGAAGACUUCAGUGUGGGGAUGAAAUCGUGGAAAUCAAUGACACUGUGGUUUACAGCAUGGUGCUGAAUGACGUCUACACAGUCCUGAGCCAAUGCACACCAGGUCCAGUUCAGAUUAUCAUCAGUCGACACCCUGACCCCAAAGUAUCAGAGCAUCAGCUGAAUAAUGCUAUAGCUCAAGCUGUGGAAAACAGCAAACUGAGAAAGGACAAGAGCCAAUGGAGUAUUGAUGGAUUGCGAAGGUUGGAGUCAUACCCACAUGGCCAGCCAAGAUGCGAACGUUGUUUGGAAAGAAGCUUCAGUCACGUCACAGCUUGUCGAGUUCAAAGAUCCUUGAUACGCCCCCACAGUGACAUCAAUGACCACGACCACAACCGCUACCUCAAUAGCCACAACUUUCCAAGCACAGGUCAUAAACCAUCAGCCCGUGUCUACAGCCUUGACACACCAAAGUCAAUGACAGAGACAUGGUCUAACAACCGAUUGUCUGUGCCUGUCUAUGCUGACGAUGACUACAAUGUUCCAUUUAACUCUCCUAUUGUCAUGUCCAGUCAGAAGAUCCUUGAUGAGGCCUUCAAGUGCAAUAAGGAAGAAGAUCAAAUGAGAAAACACUUAGAGAGGAGAAGACAAAACUUCACUUUAGAGGCCGAGCUGCACACAGGUGGACCAUCAUCUGAGCUUUGUGCACAGUCAAGAAGAGGAGCUUUUGGAAGGCAGGCACAAGUUGGAGACCAGCUUCACGAUCCCUGGAUUCGCCUUGCAGACAGUUCCCCUGAAAAUUUGAAAGAAGUCAACAACCUACACUCCUUUCUCCAUCACCCUGGAGAGAGUGCUCAACCAGUCAGUAUCUACCCUAAGAUUGAUAAAAUGAAAAAUUCAGAGGAUAUGCCAGAUCUGAAUUACCGUGCUGCUGAUGGCGCCUCAGAUUAUUUGUCCAACCUCACCACUGAUGAGAAAUGUGAGGUCUCUCUAGGAUCAAAAAAGGGACCUCCAGUGGCACCCAAGCCUGCUGGGUUUCGCCAGAGCCUGAGAAAAAUUCGACAUGAGCAAGACCAGAAGAAGCAGGGUGAAUUUGGAAAGCCAAGGCAUGCUGUCGGCUUCAACAGAAGCUUCAAUAUGAGAUUUGUCUCAUCUAUUGCCAACUUGUCCAUUAAAGACAAAAUACAUUCCUUUGAGAUUUUUUUAACUCCAGACAGUCCAAAGAAAGGGGACAAUAAGAGGCAUGUAGUCCCAUCUACCUCAUUUCCUCUGACGGAGAGAGAAUUGGACAGAAAAUACGGAAAAAACGAAAAUUAUAUCCCACAAGAAAUCCAGGCUAACCAGUCUGCCUUUUCUGUGGUAACAGAACCAUGCUUGUCCCCCUCUCCUGUAUCAUCGCUGAAUCUUGAAACUAGUGAGACAAAAAACAUUUCCAAGGCUGAAUCUCGCUCUAGACAGUCAUCUAUCGAUCAUUUGUCUUCUCACACUGAUUCAGAAUCUGGGACAAUAUUUUCAAAUUCAGUUUCAGCCCCAAAUGCCUUGAAUAUCCCAACAUCCAAAGAAUUGCUUGUUACUGAAGUAGCAGAUUUACAGAAAGUAGUGGUCAGCAGGACUGCAGGGUCAGAAGGCCUCUCAACUCCAUCCCACAGCACCGGAUCAAGACAUGGCAAAUGGGAGAGUUCUCCUGAAAUGACAGAAGAGGAUGAAGGAGAGAAUCACAGAGAAGAUUGUCACUUGACCACAAGUGACAAACUGUCGACAGACAGUACUGCUUAUCGAGACAUGGAAGAAGAAUAUUUUGGUAAAAUCCUUGCCUUUAGUAACCAGGUAUCUCAAGCGUUGAUGCGGACCCUUCCAUUGUCUACUGAACACGGUCUGGUCUGUGACUUCCCAAAUCUUUCGGAGUUCACUGCUGUAGACGUACUAAACCCUCAUGAGUGUGACCCCAUUUCAGAUGUCCCUGAUACAGGAUUUUCUAUUAGCUUGGCAACUCUCAGAGCUUGUACCAUUAAGAUUGGGGAGGGAGAACCCCUGCAAGAAGUAAUAGUUCCCUCCACUUGUGCACAGUCAGUCAUCUCAGCCAUCCCAUCAGAGGAAAUACAUAAGAUGACCAAAGAAGUUAGAGCUUUGGACGAAGAAUCGCUGAAGCAACUACAAGACAUCCAUGUUGUGAUUCUACAUAAGGAGGCAGGAGCUGGAUUGGGCUUCAGCAUUGCUGGAGGCUGUGACCGGGAGAAUAAAGCUUUAACAGUCCACAAAGUGUUUCCCAGCGGCCUUGCGACAAAAGAGGGCACGAUCCAGAAAGGAGACAAGGUGCUUUCUAUAAACGGCCAAACGCUUCGUGGGGUCACACAUGCAGAUGCCGCUGCAGUCCUGCGUCAGGCCCGCUCUCUAGAACUUGCUGUGGUGGUUGUCUCCAAGAGAUUAGAGGAACAGAGAAAAGGCAGGAGUGAGGAGUCCAACUGCGCAAUGGAAGAGCCAGGUACUUUGUUGAGUGUGGAGUUGCGGAAAGAUGCAAGUAGAGUUGGCUUCAGUCUGGAGGGAGGAAAGGGUUCAAUUCAUGGAGACAGGCCUUUAUUCAUCAACAGGAUCUUAAAAGGUGGAGCUGCAGAACAAUGCAAUCUUCAGUGUGGAGAUGAAGUGUUGCAAGUCCAGGGUACCAAUUUUCAGAACAUGACCCGCUUUGAGGCCUGGAACAUGAUCAAGGCUUUACCUGAUGGUUCCAUCACGGUGGAGAUCAGGAGGAGAAACACAGCCACUUGAAGCUCUUACAGAGACCAAAACACAACAACGUUAUAUUGUGGCUGUCAAACACAUGGAAACCACGCAGAAAUAGAUGUCGAGUAACAAAGUACAAAUACUUUAUUCCUGUACUGUAGUUGUUUUUUUUGUAUGUAUACUUGAGUAUUUAUUGUUCUUUUUCAUCCAUCCAUUUUCGAGUCACUUAUCCUCAUGAGGGUUGCAGGAGUGUCAAAGCGCAUCCCAGUUGUCAGCGGGCAGGAGGCAGGGUACACCCUGAACCAGUUGCCAGCCAAUCGCAGGGCACAUAGAGACAGACAACAGUCGUACAAUCACAUCUAGGAGCAAUUUAGAGUCUCUAAAUAAUGCAUGUUUUGGAAAUGUGGGAGGAAACCGGAUUGCUCGGAGAAAACCCACGCAGGCACGGGGCGAACAUGCAAACUCCGCACAGGUGGGGCCAGGAUUUGAACCCAGGUCCUCAGAACUGUGAGGCUAAAAAUCUACAGCUAUUCCAGCAUGCUGCAUAUUGUUGUUUUUAAUGUUACUCAUUUUUUAAACAGAUACUUUCCACUCCCUACAUUUUAAAAUUGCGCUUGUUACCUUUACAACAUUCAAAUGUUAGUCAUAACAGUGUAAAAGAAAUGAUGCGGCAACACAAGUAUUGCCCAUGUCUCGCCCGCAUCAAAAGCAUUGCCUGAUUAAAAAAAUAGUUAUAUAAAUAAAGUGAUCACUCAAUCUUUAUUGGCUCUCAGAUCUUUACAAUGCUACUUCAAAAGACACGUGACAAGGCUGAAAAUAAAACAGCUUUUGGAAUAUAAAUGUACUCUACCUGAUGGUGAGAAUGUCUUGUGGAACAAUGUCAAUGAUGUCAUUGAUCGGCUUGGCAAAUGGUAAUUAUUGUCUGAUUCCAGGGGAAAGUCUAAUUAAACAGAACAAUGUAUUUCUUUUAUUGAGUGAAUAAUACGGAGAAUAAACUUACCUACCCAAACCACAUUCUAAUUGCAGUCACCAUAUUUGUACAAAUAAACAAAUAAAUUGCAACUUGAGUUAUUUCCCAAAUAGUUCAGCCGUAGUCCUGAUUGAUGACUCGGGCAUUUUAAUUGGGCCCACAGUGUUUUAAGUGACAAGAACUAGCUAAAUAUGGCUAAAGCUUUACUUAGAAAUACACGAUGUUGUGGCUAACUUGAGUGUGGCUUGGAGAUUUUUGCACUGAUUAGCCACAUUAGCAUAAAAGGUUUCAUGACACAUUGCCGACCCUGCAAUUGUGAAAACAGCCAACAGAUUCUCUGCCGCCACACACUGUCCAUUGCAUUUUAGAAAGCUAGAUUGUUGAAGUGUGGCUCACUUACAGUAAAUUAUGUCACCUUUGAGCAUUAAUUUAUUAUUUAAACACACUUUAAGAGUCAAAUGUUUGAAAUAAAUCUACCUUUUUUAGUUUUAACUAUUUGCAGAAUAUACAGUACAUUUAUUUUAGUACAAAUAAAUUUUCAUUUAACCCAACCUGCUUUUGUUUUCGUCCAAUACUUGCAAUGAGAAAAAAAACCUUCCGGUCAUUCAGAAAAUUUAAAAAAUUAUAUCAAGAAAAAUUUGUCUAAAAAAUAUUUUUUAAAUGUAAGCACAUUUAUAUGUCUACUUUUGUAUUUGUACCAAAAUAAAGUAGUGACUUCAGUUAGCUAGUUUUUUCGCACAAGUACCAGUACUUUUACUGAAAGGGGAAAUCCACUGGUUUGUAUUAAUAAUGUAUCCAAUAGGUCAUGUAAUAUAUAAUCUAUUUUGAUAAUGUGAUGUUAAAUCCUCUCUCAUUUAAUAGUGUCUUGAGAAGAUUUUUAUCGACAAUUACAAAUUUUCAGGGGCGCUGCCAUUUUCGCGAGUCACAUGACCAACACGUGCGGACGUGAUGUGUUCCGUGCCACAACAAAGGUUCGAUUACAUGGGACCACAUUUAUGCCCAGCGCGGAUUUAUCAGAGUUUUCCUCAUCUGAUGAAGACAUAGCAGCAUCGGUUCAUCGGGAAGACGGAAGAAUACUUCCAUACACAGCUGUGAGCGGCACUUUGUAUGGAAGUAUUCCUCAGUCUUCCCGAUCAACCGAGUGGCCGAGCAGUGAGCUCGCUCUCCAAGUGUAACAUAAAGGUAAAUACUGAAACUUGAAACUUGUUUUCACUUAAUUUUUCCUCUUCAGUGAGAAUAAUCCAGUCUGUCCUGGGCUUGAACAAGGGCAUUGAAAUCUGUCUGAAUGUCUGAGGUGUCUAUGUGAAGGAGAACUGAGAGGUCGUCAGCGGCGAUGGAGGAGGAUCUGUGUUUAGAUUUAUUGAACUUCAUUGCUGAGAAUGUCUGUUCACACGUGUAAAUUGAUCCAUAGACGACUUGACUCUCCUGAGCAUGCCUUCGCAGGUGUGUAAAAUUAAAAAUCCAGUAGUGAGAUUGACCUGAAGUGCUCUACCAGAAAUGUGUCACAAUGCAGGUCAAUGAGUUUCAUCUGAACAUCAUUUGGAAGAUUAUCAACACAAAAGUUGAAAGGAGAAGAAACAUUGUGCGUUUUAUUCUCAGUUGUCUUGAAAAUUUUCCAUGCAGUGCUAAUGUGGAUGAGUACUUGUGGAGGUGAUCAACUGAUGUUUGUUAAAGAAAUCAUGCAUAUGUUCUGUUUUUGUACAUACUGUAGUUGGUUACACAUCACCACCUAACUUCUACCUUUGAACUCAUUGUCUUGGAAACAGAUGUCAUCAAUCUAACAGAUGUAAUCAAUCAAACAGUCACACACACAUCAUGUGAUUCACUGAAUAAAAAGAAGCUGCAAGGGGACACGAGUUGGAGUUGGUUGGAAGCAGGGAGAAGUUAUGUCGCUCCCCUUGCAGCAAGUAAAACUUGAAGCCAUGUCUGUUCGCCUUCUUUUAAUAGAGAGUCAAGCUUUUUAAACCUGACAAUGUUGUUUUCUUUAGUUUUGGCAAUUGAGUGACCUUGUUGUUCUCCACUUGGCUUGAGAGAAGCUGAAACUCUCUCAUGAAAGCCUUCACUGAAUUUUACAUUUCAUGCACAAAAGGGCCCUGGCAUUUCAGUUUGACAUUUAGUUUAUUCAACAGUGCACUCACAUCUACAAGAAAUCCGAGGUCUUUCAUGGGCAAGCGAAAUGGGGUAGGAUCAAAAUGCAGGACUCCAAGGUACGGACAGGAUUUUCGAGCAUAGUUUAAUUAAGAUCAUAUUUGUAAAAGCCUGGCCUCUUUCCCCCUUUCAAGGUACACAAUCUCCGCUGCCUUCAUCGUGCAGGUUUGUAAAAAAAAGUGGCCAGGCUUUUACAAAUAUGAUCUUCACGAGACACAGUUGCAGAUAUGAUUUCUGAUAUUUCAGUGGAUUUGGACAGUUAGUUACAGCAUAAAGUAAAAGAAUUUAUUGUGUUUUAACUUGCAAUUGAUGAAAGCAUGGACAUUACAGAUUUUGCACAACUGGCCAUUUUAAUCAGCUGAGUUGAUGACACAUUGACAGUUACCGGAGAGUUCAUUGAGAGGGUGCCGAUGAAAGCUACGAUAAUAGCAUCUGAUAAUUUCACCGUACUCGUCCUGCGCUGUCAGCCUCGCUGGUGCAGCCUGGUGCACCCUCAAUGAUCGGGAAAAAAAGGGUGUUGUGACAUAGUUCAGAGAGUGCAUGCAGUCUGCGAAUAGAGGACGUGAGUUUUGGACUGUUAUUGUAUGUUGGACCAGGAAAAUCUGUGUUACAAGUCAUUUAAGAUGGAUAACGUCAUGAAGGUGGUCAUCAAAACUAUUAAUUUAAUCCAAUCCAGAAGCCUGAAUCACCAUCAAUUUGACAGCCUUCUCAGGGGAAGACCACAUCUAUUUCCUGCCAUCAUUUCAAAAUGUAAAAUGUGUGUGUUUCAUGUUCCGGGGGUUACAAGGAAGAUUGUGUGAGUGGAUUAUGUUCCACGCUUCCAUUGCUGAAGCAAUUGCUGUCAAGCUGAAAAAGGCGUCUUAUCGGGCAUUUUGGACCUGUGGGGCUCUUGAGGCAGCUGAUGGGUACCGACUGGCCAAGCAGAAUGCAGCUUUGGUGUUCGUUGAUGCAACAACUCAGACAAGGGAUGAAUUUGGUGAGGCCAUGGAGAAAGCUUUGGAAAUUCUGGUCCACCCUCUGGCAUCUCAGGAUGCAGAAGCAGUGCAUCGUGUACACUGUGUAUAUAAGGAUGGGGCGCAGCUGUCCUCGACUCAGGACAUUGUGAGUCGGUGUGGAGAAUACUUUGAAGACCUCCUCAAUUGCACCAGCACGCCUUCCCUAUCUCUGGGGUUUAAGUCACCAAAGUGGAUUAAAAGCUCAUCAGUGACAAGGCCCUGGGUGUGGAUGAGAUUUCCCAGAGUUUGUAAAGACUGGAUCUCAUCAGGCUAUCUGUCCUGGUUUGCAUGUCUCUGCAACAUUGUGUGGGUAUCGGGGACAGUUCCUCUGGAUUGGCAGAUAGGGGUGGUGGUCUCCCUUUUAAGAAGGGGGUACGGAGGGUGUCUUUAAACUACAGGUAGAUCACACUCCUCAGCCUCCAUGGUAAGGUCUAUUCGAGAGUGCUUGAGAGGAGGGUCCAUCAGGAAGUCGGAUCUCAGAUUCAGGAGGAACAUUGUGGGUUUUCGUCCUGGUCAUGGUACAGGGAUCCAAAUCUACACCCUCAGCAGGGUCCUGAAGAGUGCAUGGCAGUUCGCACAACCAGUCUAUGUGUGUUUUGUGGACUUGGAGAAGGCUUUCAACCGUGACCCUAAGGAAGUCCUGUGGGGGGACCUUCGGGGUAUGGGAUACCGAACCCCAUGAUACGGCUGUUUGGUCCCUGUACGACAGAUGUCAGAGUUUGCUCUGAAUUGCCAGCAGUAAGUUGGAUUUGUUUCCAGUGUGAGUUGGACUUUGCCAAGGCUGCCCUUUGACAGUUAUUAUGUUCAUAACUUUUAUGGACACAAUAUCUUGGAGCAGCUGAGGCAUAGAGGGGGUCCUGCUUGGUGGCCUCAGUAUUGCUUUUCUACUUUUUGUAGAUGAUGUAGUUCAUCCCGGUGGACCAGACAGUAGCUUCCCUCCACCUUCAGAUGGGGGUACGAGUCCAAACUGUUUCUUUUUAUGCAGAGUUGUAGAAAGUUCUUCGAAGAAAAAAAGCAUUAAAAAAAGAACUUCAAACUUAGUGAGGAAAAAAUGUGAAUCUAUCAAACCAUUGUCUCCAGUUAUCGGUGCGAGACUUAUGUCAGGUCAAUCAAUGUUGAUUAAUUACAUCAUUACAAACCAAGAUUUUUGUUAUUAAAUAAAACGUAGGUAACAGAAAGUAGCUGUAAUAGCAUUUUAAAUGAGGCAACACCACCACAUUUUAAUUUUAUGAGCAAGUGUCAAAUAGGUAUUGCUGUUUUUAAGGCACUAUCUCAGUGUAAAGAAAUUAUACUGGGUAAUUUCAGCGCCUUUGAAUAUGUAUGUUUUUUAGUUAAAGGUGACCCAAAUGUUUUAAUAAUGUAUAGACUUCCAAGCUACAAUAGAAACCUAAAUAUUUAAUUUAAUUUUUAUUUAUUAAUUUAAUAAAUAGAGAAAUUUUCAGAACUGUUGUCAAUUAUUUGUAUUGACAACUAUUUUGUCAUAACAGGAGAACUUCACAUACUGGUACUUCCAAUUCUUCAAUAUUUCUUGCACUGUAAGCUGUUUUUUUUUUUCAAAUGUUUUUAUUUCUUCUGUUUAUUUGAAUGUUUUUGAUCAUGUAAAGCACAUUGAGUUACCUUGUGUUUGAAAUGCGUUAUACAAAUAAAUUAGCUUUUCUUUACUAGUUCUGUUAGCUCCAUCAAAAACCAUAAUCAACGCUAACUCGGGCAGUUUGCAGCAGUGUGAAGCAGCUGAGAUGAGAAACGGAGACUAUGGUCCUCAGUCGGAAAAGUGUGGUUACCUCUCCAGGUUAAGGAUGAGAUCUCGCCACCAGGGGAGGAGCUCAAGUAUCUUGGGGUCUUGUCCAUGAGGGAAGAAUGAAGCGAGAGAUCAACAGGUAGAUCGGUGCAGCACAUGCCGCACGACCUAAAGAACAAGAUCCUGGAUACAAGCGGACGAAAUGAGUUUCCUCCGCAGGGUGUCUGGGCUCACACUUAUC